GCGGCCCUCAGCAAGGUUGUUACCCGAAUAUGGCUAUGCGUUACCUUCGGGCAGCUCGAGAGAACCUGCAUCAUUUAAAGUGUUUAAUAUCGCACACCACCGGGAUUAACAAUAGGGGAUCCCAGUGCUUGUUCAGCUCGGCUGCACACCAGAGAAGUGCUGGGGAUGAGAACAAUGUGGACGACUCUGAGGAUGAGCUAGGGAAAACUGUAACAGUUCACAAGCUCCAAAUGAGAGCAAGUAAACUUGAAGAACAAGUUCGAGAUCUCACAGAGAGAUAUAAGAAAGCUUUAGCUGAUUCGGAUACAGUCAAAAGAAGAACUCAAAAAUUUGUGGAGGAUGCAAAGAUCUUUGGUAUCCAGAGUUUCUGCAGAGACUUGGUAGAGGUUGCAGAUAUGCUGGAAAAGACCACAGACAGUGUGUCUGAGGAGGCGCUCGGUGAUAAAAACCCAACUCUCAAGAACCUUUAUGACGGACUUUUGCUCAUUCAAGAGCAGUUGCACAGUGUGUUUGGCAAGCAUGGGCUUCAAAAGAUGAUGCCCAUUGGUGGCAAAUAUGACCCCUAUCAGCAUGAAAUUGUCUGCCAUGUAGCAGCCGAUGGUAUAGAGCCUGGCACAGUAACGGUUGUAACCCACGAAGGGUAUCAACUUCAUGGGCGCACUAUUAGGCACGCGCAUGUCGGAGUAGCAGUUGAAUCCCAAGAUUGACAGCAGCUCCAUUUCGACUGAGACCUACUUCAGCUUUGCAUUGCACAUUUGCUUCUUAAUGUCCUGUACAGUUUUUAUAUAUUUUCUGUUUCUUUUUGCAAAUCGUGCUUUUAUAUAUAUAUUUUUUUUAUAUUUAGUUGCUGAUGGUCACAAAAUGUAGAAUUUAUUACCAAUUUCCAAGGUACCUUAAUUAUUUGAGAUUUUCACCCUCAGCAAUUGACUCAUAUCACAGUUGAAAGUUCAAACUUUUCUUAUGCAAAAGUAUGACCUGUAGUAUUAUAAAUGAUCCUUAAAUGGUUUAGUUUAAGUCUUUAUUGUGGUGGUUACUGCACUGAGUGGUUGAAUAGAUCCACCUUUUCCCAGGAUUGUUUGUUACAUUAGCAUUUUUAGAAUGAUUCAUCACAAAUUCUGUCGCCAUAUGAGGUUUUCAAUAUUUGCCUAUGGAAAAGGCAUAUGAAACGAGUCUUGAUUUAGUAUUGUCAUAAGAGAUGUGAGGUGUGUUGUUCUACAGUUUGUCUCAAAGCAGCUAAUAAUGUGUGGGCCUGAGAUUAAAUGAGAUGCAUGGCAUAAAGCAUGUGCAAUUGUACAUGUUGUGUAGAGUAGAGCAAGGGUUUUUUUUUUUGUAUUUAAUUUGCUUGCAGUAUGUCAAGAACAAAGUUGUAUUUAUUGAAACGUUGUAUUUCCUUUGGAUGCUGAUACUCGCCAACGCAAGUGGUUACCAGUGUUGGGUUGUAUAAAAACUGUUCUCUCUUCAACAUGUGGCUUAUCUGUCGUAUCCUGCAUGAAAAACGGCAAGUUGGCUAGUUUGUCUUGAUAAUACACGAAUGUUUCAGUAAAAGUGUUAAUCUUCUAUUCUGUUAUUUUACUAUUUAGUAAUACUUUUGUGACUGCCAUUGUUUUGUAAAUAUAAACUUUGCAUUACACUAUUACGUUUGUUUCUUUAGAUUAAAAUGACCCAAAUGAAAUCCCUGUCAGACCCAAUAGCAGUGUCAGUCAGUAGAUUUAUUAUUGACUGACUGCUGCGGGGGAAAUGCUGUAUUCUAUACUACGUAGCUUACAGAUAACUUUUGUGCAUAUUUAUUUUGCCUUGGCUGUAACCAAGCUGAAACUUUAUGUAAAUUUGUAUUUGUUACAAUGUUAAGAAAUAAAAAAAGAAAUGUCCAUGAAAUGCAAUUGACUUAACUUUAUGCUUCAGAGACAUUCAGAUUUAGUAUCUAUUAUUAAGCAAGGUAUAAUUACUGAAUAAGAAAGUAAGGGGUUGAUUUGAGCAACCUGUACCCUGCCAGAAUAAACCACUGCUGGAUUAUUUAGAGUAUGUUAUAACACUAGGGAGUCAUGCAGCAUUAACCACCUAUAUGUUAUCCUUGGAUUUCCCCCCAAAAUAAGUGGAUGAUGCAGUCAUGCUAUGAAGUGCUCUAAAUCCAAAAGUGUUGCUGUGUUUUAUCAAGUCGGGGUAUAUUGUAGGCUAAUCAAAUCAACCCCUAAAUUAAGAUGAAAAUAAUUUUGGCUGGCGUCUUCAGUGUCACUGAACGCACUGUUUUCUUCUAGUUUUGCUUUACAGUUUGUUUUUUAUUAGUUUAAUUUUUUUAAGUUCUAGGUGAUUUGUUACUAAGUGAAAAAUAAUCUAUUUUACAUUUCUACACCAAUGGGAUUUAAAGUUAGAAUACAUUCAACUUUCGGUGUAAAUGUACAUGGUUGUUUAUCUGAAAAUGAUUGUAAUCAAAAUAGCACUUAAUGCAAGUAUCCUUAAACAUACAUUUUUUAAUGUUUUGCAGCCAGUGUCUACUGUACACAAUUAUUUUCAUACAUUUCUAAAGUAUAUGUACCUAAAGUUUAUGGUUGUACAGAAAACAUGUUAGAGCGUUAACUUCAAAGUGAAUGUUUCUGUAUUUAAACAGAACCAUAUUGAAUUACUUAUGUUGGUAAAUAAAAAUUGAUGCCAAACAA